AUGCCGCAGGGCGAGCACAUUGAGCUGCAUCAGAAGCGCCAUGGCUUCCGCUUGGAUCACUUCGAGCGGAAGCGCAAGCGCGAGGCUCGCCAAGUGCACAAGACGUCCCAAAUCGCGAGAAACACUAUCGGUCUCAAGGCGAAGAUGUUCGCGAAGAAGCGGUACCAAGAAAAGGCGACGAUGAAGAAGACUCUGGCGAUGCACGCGGAGCGGACGAACAAGCACAAGGCGGACGCGCCAGUGGCGGAGGGCGCGGUGCCGGCGUACCUGCUGGAGAGGGAGGCGACGGCGCGCGCCAAGGUGCUCAGCAACACCAUCAAGCAGAAGCGCAAGGAGAAGGCCGGCAAGUGGGACGUGCCCCUGCCCAAGGUUCGGCCGAUAGCAGAGGAUGAGAUGUUCAAAGUGGUCAGAUCAGGGAAGAGGAAAACCAAGCAGUGGAAGAGGCUAGUGACUAAAGUCACCUUCGUGGGCCCAGGGUUCACUCGUAAGCCACCCAAGUAUGAGCGCUUCAUCCGCCCCAUGGCUCUGCGGUUUACCAAGGCGCAUGUGACCCAUCCGGAGCUCAAGUGCACGUUCCAUCUGGACAUCAUCAGUGUGAAGAAGAACCCCAACGGCCCCAUGUACUCGUCCAUGGGGGUCAUCACCAAGGGAACCAUCAUCGAGGUGAAUGUGAGCGAGCUUGGGUUGGUCACACCAGCUGGCAAAGUCAUUUGGGUCCGCCGCAGCAAGGUAUGGUUCCCUCCCAAGCGCGCGUUGGCGGCGUGUCAGAGCUUCCGCACGACGCGGCACGCGGACAGCAGCGUGCGGCAUCACGAGCAGCCGGCGAAUCAGGCGCUCAUGCUCGACCGCCUGGGCGACGACCCGCUGGCCGCUGCGAGCGGGCAAGUCGUCGUCGGCAGCGACCGACGGUACCGCGUGGUGUACAGGCUGGUGAACAGCAUAUACGUGUUGGGGCUCAUGCUCGCGGACGAUGACGAGACGUCGCUCAACGUCUACAGCUGCAUCAGCACCGUCAACCAGGCCGUCAGUGUGCUGGUGGCGGCGUGCAAGGGCGUGGAUGUCACACCGGAGAAGAUAUUCCGCAAGUACACCGAGGUCUACAUGGCGUUCUUCUACGUGCUACAGGGCAUCGGAGCAGCACGCCUCUCAGCGGUGCUCUCGUACGUGGCGGGCGACGGUGCAGCGCUGCUCGUCCCGCUCGCCACCAACACCCUCGCCGACGGGGAGAACCGCGCUCGCGGCGCUGCCAGCUGGCGCGUGGCUAAUGCCGAGGCAGUGGAGCGACUGGCUAGUGUGGAGGGGGCGUGUGGGCAUGAAGGGGAGAACCGUCCGCAUGGUGCUGCCAGCUGGCGCAUGGCUAAUGCCGAAGCCGUAGAGCGACUGGCGAGCGUGGAGGUGAUGGGGGGAGGAGGGGGGGAGUGGAGAACGGGCUGCCAGAGGAGGCGACAAGGCAAUCGAGGCUUUCGCCCCGCCGCUCUCCCAGCCCGCAUGCACCUGUCCCAACCCACUCACCCCUUAAAAUCCCCUAUGGUAUGCCCCCUUCCCUCUCCCAUUCGGGCCUCCCCCCCCCGCUCAUUUCUCCCCCCGCAGUACAUGUCAUCAGCGCACUUCGAGCUACCAGAGGAGGCCAUAGCAGCGGGCGACGAGACAAUGGAGGCAUUCGCCCCCGCGCCCUCCCAGCCCGCCUUCGAAGCCCCCCCCGCGCCCCCCACGCCCUCCCCGCGCCCCUCUGCGGCCUCCGACCCCCUGGCGGCGCUGGCGCUGCUGGGCUCCGCGGAUGACCCCUUUGCCGCCAGUGACUCCCUGCUGGGGGGCGGCGGGGGCGAGUUGGCGCUGCUGGACGUGGGUGGGGGAGGGGCGGGUGGGGUGGGGGAUGUGGCGGCAGCAGGGGGGGCAGGGAAGAGGCCGGAGAACGACCCUGCUUCACUGCUUGCAGAGCUCGAGGCGGGGCUGUCCUCCGCGCCCCCCCCCUCCGCCUUGGACCCCUUCGCGUCAGACAGCAUGGCGGACGCGUUUGGGGCGGACCUGGAGGCGGAGGGGCUGGGGGGGCUGGCUGCGCUGGGGGACGACGAGGGGGAUGACGCCUGGGGGACGGCCUUCGGGGGGAGCGCGCUGCUGGGGGGGGAUGGGGACGCGUGGGGGGGCGGGCUAGACGCGGCGGAGUUUGGGGUGGAGCAGGGGGAGGAGGACGCCUUUGGGCUGGGCGGCGGGGGGGACCUGGGCGUGGCGCUGGGGGGAGGGGAGGGGGUGGCAGGGGGGUCUGCGGUGGCGGCUGCACGGCAGCUGGAGGUGGCUCUGGGGCUGGGCGCCAUGGAUGUGUCAACCCCAACAGCAGUUACGCCACCAGCAGCAGCAGCAUCGGCCACGCCAGCAGGCCCCGCACAGCCCACGUUCCGAGUGGAGGAGCGCAUCAGUGCGGACUUCCUCGGCUCCUCCCUCACGCGCGUGCGCCUCUCCGGCACCGUCUUCCUCACCCUCCCGCUGCCCAAGGGAGGGGUGGGCGCAGAGGGGGCAAUGGGGGGUGGUGGUGGCGCUAUUGGAGGAGUGGCGGCGAGGGGAGCGGGGGUGGGUGGUGCGGAGAAGGAUGCGAGGGUGCCGGAUGAGUUCUCCUUCCGAUUGGAGGGCUCUGGCGCCAUCAAGCCCUUGCCUCUCCUCUCCUCCCCCACUGCAUGCACAUGUUCACCCUGCCAUCCAUCCACACGCCCCUCUGCUUUUUUCUUCCCCAUUGCUUCUCUGUCUUCCCCCUCGCACCUACCUACCAACACUCCCCCCCUCCCCCUUCCUUCCUCCCCCACACUCCCCCUUCCCCUCUCCCCCCAGCGCUGCACCAUGCGUCCCGGCAUUGUGAGCGACCUGGGGAAGGGCUACUUCCACUUCCGCAUGCCUCCCCCCGGCACCAUCUUCCCCCCGCUCUCCGCCCCCUCUGCUGUCGCAGCCUCCCCCCAGGCCCCCCCAAUGGCGGACCUGCUGGGGGAGGGGGACGAGGGCAUGGGGGCAGUGGUGAAUCCGGGGGAGGGGGAUGCGUGGGGGCGAGAGGGGGAGGGGGCGGUGGGGGCGGAGGGGCGGGCGCAGGAGUUUGUGCUGAUGAAGUAUCGCCUGCAGCCCCGCUACACACCCAUUCCGCUGCGACUGAGGUUCGUGACAAGGAGGAGUGAUGAAGCACUCUCACUCAUGAUCCAGUACGUGGCGAACCCGUAUCUGCAAGCCCCGCUGCUGAACGUCACCUUCAUCCUCUCCCUCGCCUUCUCCCCCGCCUCUCUCCGCCUCAACCCGGAGGCACAGCUUGACCCAUGGACCAAGGAGCUGAGGUGGCAUGUCCCACAAAUUACUUCCAAUGACCCACCGCAGCGCCUGAGGGCUCAGAUCCCAGUGAUUCCAGAUGACUUGGUGCACGGGGCAGCAGAGCGGACAGCGGAGGAGAAGCAGGCAGAGGAGGACCGCAAGGCUAAGGAGAUGGCUGCGUACCGCGUGCGUGUGGAGUUUGAGUGUAGAGGGUCGUCGCUGUCAGGCGUUACUGUGGGUGAGGUGAUGGCUUCAGGCAAGCCACCAUUUGCUGUGGCAGCGCAUUCUUUUUCCUCUUCGGAGUAUAUCUGCUCGUGA